AUGUCUACCCCAAUAAAUGCUCCCGGACAAGUGUCCUCCGAAUAUUGGUACGGCUCAAUCCUGAUGACCUACAAAAUGAAAGAAAAAAGAUACUUGUGUGCAAUCCUAUUCGUAGAUCCCCUAAAAGUGCACGUGAUCGUCGAGGAGACCAACGAAUGGAAAACGCCUUUCGAAAUCGCCACAAAUGGGCCGGAUCAGGAGGAGAAAUCACUUGUCGAGAAAGUGAUCGACGUCACGGACACUCUGAUUAGCAACAAAGUCUGGGAUCACGAUGUUCAGAUUGAGAAAAUGGUUAGUGGUUUUUGCCCAGCCGUUCGUGGACAAACAUGCUUUCAGCUAAUCGUCUGCGUCAAAUUCCUACAAAAUGAUCUUUCGGAAUUCGCAAAUUGCUUCUACACAAAUCAGAUGGGCCAGACAUACGAGCCGAAAAUACCGAUCCGAUCCAAACUUGAGGAAAUGAUAAAGUAUUAUGCUCCGGAUGGGCGCGGUACGUAUUCAAUCGAAACUUUACGCAAUUCUUUUUUCCCCACCCCCGGUUUUUUUUCAGUUGCCAUCGGAGUGUGCAUCGGAAGCGGGUGUGAAUAUGCUGUAGUGUCGAAAAACGACAAGUCGAAAAGCAUGGAGACCGUUUUCUUGAAUUACGGAAAUUGCUCGAUAAUGAGGAUGGCUCGUGAGCGCAUUAUUGCACGGCUAUCCGACUCGAUCAAUGAUCCGCCGCCGGGCAACCCUUACUCGACCAUACUUGAUAUUUUCAAAAGGACACUGUGCCCGGAUGGCUUUCAUGAAUCAGCAUUGUUCGCUGAGAUUCAUGAUGAGGUAGCGGUCCUAAAUUUCGUCCGUGCGCUUAUUGAAAGUGGGUCGCACUCGCAUGAGAUUCGUUACUUGUUAGAGAAAUUCUCAAUUUGCAGAAUCGCAGGACGGGACGGUGGAGGAACAAACGGAAAUCCUGAAGUUGUUCAAGGCGGUCGGCGUAGCGAUCGGCCGCAUGUUACACUUUUCAAUGAAUAUAGAUACGCAUGAGGUGGGGAAAGAAUUCGAAAAACGGGCAAAGUAUUGCUGAUCCACCCAACACUUUGCCUUUUUUGUUUAUUUUGCUUGAAAUUUCAUCGAAAAAUCAUUUCUUAUCAUUUCUUACCAGUCUCAUUUCAUACCCGUGACCUUUCAAAUCAGUCACGUCCGUUCAAAAUCUCCAAAAAAAAAGACGGUUCGAAAGUUGGUAUGAAAUGUCACGCGUCGCGGUUGCGAAAUGACUGGUUGCGACAGCACGCCUAUCACGGCGACAAAAAGUGUAGAAAGGGGCGUGGCCUAAUCUGAGACGCGUUUUCUGAAAAUUGCCGCAAUUCCAGCGCACUUUUCCGAUAUUUUUGUGUUUGAUAUCGACGAAAGAAGAGACAUUAAAGAGAGAAAACAUUGAAAUGUUCGUAAAAACGCCGCGUUUGAAACGUUUUUGGCAUAUUUCGCAAUACGCUCUCCGCGGCCAAUCGCCGCCGCAAUUUCGGAAUUUUCAUACCGUCCGAUCUGGAUAGUUUUGAGACGAAGUGAGUGUCGGAAGUGAUUAAGCACGUUAAUACAAGUAUUUUAAGCGUUCAAACGGCAAAAAGUAUCGGCGAAUGACUGAAAUUCGCGCAUUUUCAGCACAAAACUUGAAAAUCGAUUCAAUUGAUUCAUUUCUGAAUGAAACCUGCUCGUUUUAAGCUCAAAAAGUGCGCGCGAUGAUUAGUUUAACAAAGUUAUUAUGCAAUUACAUCGUCGAAAUCGUACAAAAUUUGGGUAAUUUUUGACGAAAAACGUGAAAAAUGGGGUUAAAUUUCGAAUUUCGCGCCAAAAUGGUGAUAAACCGUGCACGCGCUACGCCCCACGCCCCUUUCUACGUUUUUGGUCGCCGUGCGCCUAUUACAAAAGAGUAAUAGAAAUGUGAGGGAGUUUUGAAAAAAAUGGCGAGAUUGAGAGGUUGACAAUUUGGAACCCCCAACGAACCGCGAAGUUUCGAUACAAACGUGAACUACUUGGCGACAGAGUUGAGCGGAAGAACUCAACGGAAGAACACGGAAAAAUUUUUAUCUUUUUUAGAAAAUGUUUUCAUGAAAUGUGAUCAACUGACGAAAUGUAUAGCAAAGUGAACUCUGCUCUUAAAAAAAUAAUUGCAAAUUUAGCUUUUCAUACAGAAAAGUUAUUCGAGUUGUUCCGUGAAAAAAGGGCUAACGGAAGACCGAAGGACAUUUUCACGCAACAACUCGAAUAAAUUUUUUGUAUGAAAGGCUAAAUUUACAAUUAUUUUUCUAUGAGCAGAGUUCACUUUGCUAUACAUUUCGUCAGUUGAUCACAUUCCAUGAAAAAAUUUUCUAAAAAAGAUAAAAAUUAUUCCGUGUUCUUCCGUUGAGUUCUUCCGCUCAACUCUGCUUGGCGAUAAUGACGGAUUGCGAAACGUCGCGGUCCCGAUAACUUAUCUUUCUACAGUCCGACCUAGAGGAGCUGCAUAUAUUGGUUUGCGUAGAGGAGGACCAUGUGACAGAUCUGACGGUUCUCGAAGGAUUCGCCGAUCAGUUCGUCUCAAUGCCACUAGUGAAACGCAUCCGAUUGUACCGGCCGACGGUCGACGAUUUGGUGACUGCGGUGAGCGCUUUUAAUCAGGAAGCACGCACCAACUUCGAAGUCAAAUCUGAAAAGUGGCGAGAGACGUACAGAAUCGAUUACUUCGAAAGGGGCUACAACAUCGUGAGCGUCGAUCAUUAG